CUGAGGCCGGAGACCAGGGAGGACAAAUCCCCACAGCAGAAUCUCAUGGCAGAGGCCGUUUUGAAUGGCUCCACAGCGCAGGAAUCCAGCGGGGAGGAAAUGCCCCGGAGAUCCUGCACGAGGAGGGGCUGCAAACGCAGAUCACGGAGAUCCGAGGUGGAAAGACCCACCCAGGGCCAGGCAGGAGGCCGGAGCUCAGAGCUGGGCGUCCAUGAGCAGCUCCAGGAUGGGGAGAAGCCCCACAAGUGCUCAGAAUGUGGGAAGAGCUUCCGCCGGAGAUCUGACCUGAUCUGCCACAUGAGAAUCCACACAGGGGAACAGCCAUACAAGUGUGGGGAGUGUGGGAAGAGCUUCAGGACGAGCUCUGAACUGACCAGACACCGGAGAAGUCACACAGGAGAACGGCCUUAUGAGUGUGCCGAGUGUGGGAAGAGCUUCUGCGAGCGUUCCGACCUGAUCAAACACCUGAGGAGCCACAUGGGGGAACGGCCUUACAUGUGUGGGGAGUGUGGGAAGAGCUUUAUCCAGAGCUCCCACCUGUUGGUCCACAUGCGGAGUCACAAUGGGGAGAGGCCUUACAAGUGUGGGCAGUGUGGGAAGAGCUUCCGCCACAGCUCCAGCCUGAUUGACCACCUGAGAAGCCACACCGGGGAGAGGCCCUAUGAGUGUGAGCAGUGCAGGAAGAGAUUUCUGAGCCGCGCCCAUCUCCUCAAGCACCAGCGGAUUCACUCCGAGGAGAGGCUCUUCUGCUGCGCUGCCUGUGGGAAGAGCUUCAAGCACAACUCCAACCUCAUCAGGCAUCAUCGCAUCCACGCCGGGGAGAGGCCCUACGAGUGUCCCGAGUGUGGGAAGAGCUUCUCCCAGAGGGGUAACUUGACCAGACACCAACGGAGCCACCACUAAGGGAAGCCCUGCGAGUGCCCCCAGUGCAGGAAGAGCUCUGUGUGCUGCUCCAGCUCCAUCCCCCACCGGACGUUCUGUCUGGAAUAUCCCCAGUAACUUGUGAGGGGCAGAGCCCCGGUGAUCCAUUGUGCCAGUGAUCUGUGUUUGGAAGACACCUGCCUGGGGGUUCCACAUCCUCCUGGCUCCCCGAGGUCACCUGAACUCAUCCACAGCCCAACAUCAAAAAUCUAUUGUGAAAAGCUGAUUUGUCGAUUUCUCACCCCAGAAAAAUCUCCAUUUUUGCAUCUUCUGGUGUCAUCAGGCAAUACUGGAUAGCCUUGGAGGUCUUCUCCAACAUAAAUCCAUCGUUUUGAUUCCCUCUGGUCCACGGGAAUCUUCAACAGCCCAAUGGGGAUGGACUGGGGCAAAACCCACAAUUUUGGAGACAGUUGGGUGGAAACCCAUCCAAAAAAGGUUCUUCCCUUCCACCCAAGCACAUGAAUACUCUGCUGGCUGGGACGCAUCAAUUAUUCUGUUUAUCCUUGAAUUGAAAAGGUUUCUGUUGAUCCCUCUGAGAGCCCUGAAACUGGGGUUAAAAUAA